GAAAAAUACCCCACUAAACAUCCAAUUUUUUGCAGCGCGCGUCAAAGGCAGUGAGAUAUACUUGAUGAGCAAUGCCAUGGCGUCUCAUAUUGGCGACAAUCCACAGGAACAAAAUUCAACAAAUGAGAAGGCAAAAGAUACAAUGAUUGAAGACAUGGAGGGAGCAAGGCAUCUACAAGAUUUAGCAAACUGCGAACCAUUAAGAAUCCUUUCGGAAAAGCUUAAAAAUGUAAAACAAUUAUCUUCAGAAGCAUGUAUAUUUAAAGUGCACGAGAUGCUGCAUAAAACAAAGCCAGAGGCUUAUACACCUUUGACAAUAUCCAUCGGGCCUUACCAUCAUGGGAAGCCGGAGUUUAGGAAGAUGGAAAGGUUGAAGGAAUUGUAUACACAGUCCUUUAUGGGAAGGUUGGAGCUGGAAUUGUAUACACAUGUACAGUCCCUUUCAGAAGGAGUGGGUGUGGAGGAAUUGUAUACAGAGUCCCUUUUAAACAGAGCAGGAGCGGGUGUGGAGGAGUGUUGGAAGAAAUUAAAGGAGUUAGAAGGCAGAGCUAAGAGGUAUUAUGGUGAUGAGAUAGAAGAAAAAGUUAGUGGGGAUAAAUUCGUGAAGAUGUUAUUGCUUGAUGGUUGCUUUAUAGUGGAAUAUGUUUUUAGAUCAUAUCUUGGAAUGAAAGGCAAGGGGCAACAAUACGGAAAUGAUCCCAUUUACAUGCAAAAUAUUGUUCGUGACAUGUUGCUCCUGGAAAACCAACUCCCCUUCUUUGUUCUGCAAGCACUCUAUGACAUGAUUAGUAAUCCUGGCAACCCAGAAUUCUUAGAGAUGGUGAAAUUUGUAUUUCGGAGUAAGAUAAACACUAUCACCCUACCCAAUACUAAGGUCAAACCCCAAGAGAUAAAGCAUUUACUUCAGAUAGUGCACAUUCUCUGCCAACCCCAACCCCAACUCCAAAAUAAUAGGCAGAUUCAGCAGAAGAAGGCCAAGGCCAAGGCAUGUUCUUCUUCUUGCUACUUUUGGAAACAACCACAAGACCAAGGCCAAGGCGGCUCUGAUAUUGAAUCCAAUAGUCUUAGUAACGGGCAGGAUAGGCGGCAAUUCUUCAGAUGUUUUCUUUCCAAGUUUUGGGGACGAGGAGUUAUUAUGCAGUUUUCUUCACAAAGUAAAGAUGAGGACAAGGAGUUAUUAUACAGUAUCCGUACUGCUAGUGAGCUUCAUGAAGCUGGAGUUCAUUUCAAAAAGGUUGGCAACAUUAUAGGCACCUCUUCUGAUCAAACCAUAAGUCUAUUUGAUAUAAAGUUCAAUCACGGCGUAUUGGAGAUCCCCUCUUUCGCUCUCUAUGAUACAACAGAAACAUUAUUCAGAAAUCUCAUAGCCUAUGAGCAACAUUUGCCGCCGGAUGUGCAUCCCAUAUAUUUCACAGAUUAUGCUGUGUUCAUGGAUGAUCUUAUUAAUACGGAGAAGAAUGUCAACUUACUUCGUCUUAAGAAUGUUUUUAUAAAUAAAUUGGGAGAUGACAAAGAAGUGACCUGUCUUUUUAACAACCUUAACAAAGAGGUUUGGUCUUUCCAUGAUGACUUCUAUUACCGAGAUGUGUGCAAAGAAUUGAAUCGGCAUUGCAAAAAACCCUGGAAUGUGUUGAUGGCAAAACUAAGACGCGAUUAUUUUCACACUCCAUGGGCAGGGAUUUCUACCUUUGCUGCUAUACUGCUUCUUUCGCUCGCUAUUGCACAGACUGUCCUAUCUGCGCUUCAACUGCAUAACUAAUUUCAUCAAUCCAAUAAGCUAUCUAGUGUGUACGUUGUUAGAAUUGAAUGUUAGAAGAAUGUAUGUAUGUAUGUAUAUUUUCAAGUGGUUUAUGC